GUCUCGUCCCAAGUAGAGCUUCGCAUACAGCUACACAUGUCCAGGGACGUCUGUACAGACGAUACCAUCUGCCUUGAACCUAGCGCUUCGCGAACACUAUGCCUGCCGAAGGUCUCCCCAUUGGCCUAUCAGAGCCAGCGUACCUCCGCAUCGAUUCCAACAUGCCUCGGCUGUCGCUGUCGAGUCUCACGCCGGGUGUCAUAUUCCCCAGACUUCCCCACGCUGCCGAUAUUUCCAUCUCGACACUCGUUUCCUGACCUCAAGCCUCUCAGACACCCUAGAUUCAUACAGACCUGAGUCCACCAUGGCAGACGCACCCGUCACCGUCGAGUACAAGUCCAACGGCAUCGCCAUUGUGACAUUGAACCAGCCGAAGAAGCUGAAUGCGCUGAACCAGGACGGCUACUUCCAGCUCGCGGUAGCUCUCCGCGAGGUCGCCGAGCGCGACGACAUCUACAUCACCGUGCUCACGGGCAAAGGACGCUUCUUCUCUGCCGGCGCCGACGUUUCCAUCGGCGCCUCCAGCACAGGCACCGACUCAGCGCGCCAACACUGGCUCAAGAAUUUCGUCGCCUCCAACCUCCACAUCACGCACGCCUUCUACACGCACCCUAAGAUCCUGGUCACCGCGCUCAACGGCCCCGCCGUCGGCCUCUCGGCCGCCCUCAUCGCCUUUUCAGACUUCAUCUACGCGGCGCCGCACGCCUUCCUAUUGACGCCGUUCUCCUCCCUCGGCCUCGUCUCCGAGGGCAAUGCGUCUGUGGGCUUUGUCCGACGGCUGGGCAUCAGCAAGGCCAACGAGGCGCUGAUUAUGAGCAAAAGGAUUGGGAUUGAGGAUCUUGUGCAGACGGGAUUCGUGAAUAAGGUCGUAGAUGUUGGUGGGAGGGAUAAGAGUGAGGAGUUCUUGGGGGAGGUGUUGAAGGAGGUAGAUGAUAGGCUUGGGGCGCAUUUGAAUAGGGAGAGUCUCGUCAAGAUCAAGGCGUUGAUCAGGAAGCCAGAGAUUGAGACGCUGGAUCGACAGGGCGUGCUGGAGGUGUUUGCGGGGCUGGAUCGAUUUAUCAAGGGCGUGCCACAGGAGGAGUUCAGAAAGAUUGCGAGUGGGGAGAAGAAGCAUAAGCUGUAGACGUGAGAGUAAAACAGGUUUUUCGUUGUAUUGGGGGUAUCAUUGUGUCUAUGCGAGAG